AUGGUGUCAGACCUUCUGUCCCCUUCUUUCUUCCUUCCCAUACCCACCCCCUCAACAGGCUACCAGGUGCUCAACUGUAUAGAGGAGACCCCAGGAGGCUCACAAUACACCAGCUGGGCAUAUAGCAACACUGGGGUCUACCUGUCCUCCACUGUGUGCCCCACCAGCGAUGACCCCCAGGUCUCAGAAGAUUCCUAUGCGAGAGGCACCAUCCUAGAGACCGUAACAACACAGCAACUCAGUUUGGACCUGCUGACCAUGGCACCGGCAGUGCCUUCCUCCAUUCCUGUCCCGACCAGUGCCUCCGGGGCCCCUGACUUUCCAAGGGGCUUCUUUCCUCCCACCGAAAGCUCCCCGAAUCCAUCGGCCUAUUCGCCCACCAAUCUUCAUGGAGCCCUGCCCAUGACCACCUGUGAGGCCAAAGAGGGUGAAAAUUGUGAAGCAACGGCUGCCUCGCUGUGGUACCAGAGCGAUGCAGAGGGUCAGACAAUCAAUAGGCAGAACCAGCUCAAAAAGCACCCGAAGGUCAGCAAGCGGGCAGGUACCCGGUGCACCAACUGCCAGACAACCACCACGGCAGUGUGGCGGAUGAAUGCCAGUGGAGAACCUCUGUGCAAUGCCUGCGGACUCUAUUACAAGCGACACCAGGUGUGCCCUCCACUGGCCACGCAGAAGGAUGCUGUAAAGACCAGAAAGCACAAGAAAUCCCACAAAGAAAAGAAACCAGCGUCGAGUCUGGGAGGCCCAGGACCAGCUGAUGGGCCAGCGGGUGGCUCCAUGAUGGUGGCUGGGGGCAGCGAUGGAGGAAAUUGUGGGGAGAUGGCCUCAGGCUUGACAUUGGGCCCACCUGGCACUGCCCAGCUCUACCAAGGCCUGGGCCCCGUGGUGCUGUCAGGGCCUGUCAGCCACCUCAUGCCUUUCCCCGGGCCCCUGUUGGGCUCACCCACGGGGUCCUUCCCCACAGGCCCCAUGCCUCCCACCACCAGCAGCACUGUGGAGGCACCACUCAGCCCUUGAGCACACAGAGCAUGUCCCCAGAGCAGGGUUGGG